CACCGCAACGCGUUUCUUGCAGCCGCCAGCUAUGGACUACAUCUGCGCAGGCCUGAGUUGAAACACUUCGCCAUAUCUGACCUUCACAAACUUAGAAAAGAAUAAAGAUAAGAGCUUCGAGUCUCUCUUUCCCUCUGCUUCACGUUUUGCCUUCUGCCAUUUUCUAAGCAAAUAAGAGAGAGAGAGAGUUCACUUCCAUUCUGUUACCUGAAAAAUCCUAGGAAAACAAAGCUGAGAUGGGUCAGGACUCGCACUACGGAACUUCAGGGAUAUAUCCUCCUAUGCCGCCCUCAAGUCCUCCCCCGUCCGCCCCCGAAAUGCCGCUGGGCCACAUUUAUCCUCCGCCGCCACAGAUCGAUCCUCCACAGGCAACGGUACAUGUGUACCCUCCACCUCUGCCACCUCAGAUGUAUCCGAAUGUGACGCCUCCAUCAUAUUCAUAUCCACCCCAAGGCCAAGUGUAUCCUCCAGCACCACCACAGGCUCAUUCGUAUCCAAUGCCGCAGCGGCCGCCAGUUCAUGGCUACCCUCAAGGCCCUUACGUGGUUCCUCCGCCAGUUGCUUACCCUUCGAAGGAUGGCCCCAAGGAAUCCCGGCAAGCACCGCCGCCACGGAAGGCCAAAAACAAGAAAAGGGGUGAUGGGUUCUGGAGAGGAUUUUGUGCCGGGAUGUGCUGUUGCUGCUGCUUGGAUAUAUGCUGUUGAUUGCCUUCCAUUGUGCGGUGUC